AGCUGCCGGAGAACUGGACGGACACGCGGGAGACGCUGCUGGAAGGCAUGCAGUUCAGCCUCAAGUACCUGGGCAUGACGCUGGUGGAGCAGCCCAAGGGCGAGGAGCUGUCGGCCGCCGCUGUCAAGAGGAUCGUCGCCACGGCUAAGGCCAGCGGGAAGAAGCUGCAGAAGGUGACUCUCAAGGUUUCGCCACGAGGAAUUAUCCUGACGGACAGCCUCACCAACCAGCUCAUCGAGAACGUGUCCAUUUACAGGAUCUCCUACUGCACAGCCGACAAGACGCACGACAAGGUGUUCGCAUACAUCGCCCAGGGCCAGCACAGCGAGAGCCUGGAGUGCCACGCCUUCCUCUGCACCAAGCGGAAAAUGGCACAGGCUGUCACCCUCACUGUAGCCCAGGCCUUCAAAGUCGCCUUUGAGUUUUGGCAGGUGUCCAAGGAAGAGAGAGAGAAGAGGGACAAAGCCAGCCAGGAGGGAGUGGACGUCUUGGGGACCCGCCGUGACAGCACCCCGCCACUGAAGAGCUUGGUCGCCACUGGGAACCUGCUGGACUUGGAAGAGACGGUCAAGGCCCCGCUGUCCACGGUCAGCGCCAACACCACGCACACGGAUGAGGCCCCACGGCCGCAAGCCCUGAGCAGCAGCGGUGUUGUCUGGGAGCUGGACGACGGCCUGGACGAAGCGUUCUCAAGGCUUGCCCAAUCCCGGACGAACCCCCAGGUCCUGGACACGGGGCUGACGGCGCAGGACAUCCAGUACGCCCAGUGCCUCUCGCCCGUCGGCUGGGACAAGCCCGACAGCAGCGGCACCGAGCAGGAUGACCUCUUCAGCUUCUGAGUGCCGAGAGCCCGUGGCAGACGCGGCCCGACACGGUGGGCCAGGGCCACCCGCAGCGGGGGCGCC